GAGAGCCUUGUGUAAUCGUACAUCUCUCAAUCGCGUUCGCCAUGAAGUGCACAUGCUCGGCUGUCGUGGCAGCAGCCCUUUUGGUGGGCUCUGUUUCUGCGCAGACAUUCAGGAGACUUGAAGCUUGCCCGGAGCUUGGCUGCGUGUUCCCACCUGACCAGGCUGACUUCCUUGCUGGCCAAUUCUUCGACAUUCGACUUGAGGUGCACCAGCCGAUCAAUGGCUCCGAGGCCAUUGGACUACCGCUGGAUGAACAGUUCACCUUUACCGUCGGAAAGAAGGGCGAGGAAGCACAAUCUGUAACCGAGUUCUUCGAGCUCGAGGAGCCGAAACUGGAGAAAUGGAAUUUCACCUAUUUUGAAGAUCUAUUUGCUCGCGACGCAAAAAAGCCCUCCCUAGUCAAUGUAGCCGCCAAGGCGUAUCGUCGUAUCGCCUUAUACGAGCCAGGAGAGUACACAGCGACAUUGCACUACAAUAACGGGAGCACAACGGAAGCCACAUGGACUGUACGUGAUCUGGCUGAGGAGCGCAAGACUAAAAAUAUCAUUUUCUUCAUUGGAGACGGCAUGUCGACGGCCUCGAUCACUGCGGCUCGUUCCCUUGGUCAUAAGUCCAUCAACGGAAAAUUUCAAAGCACUUUGGCUAUGGACAAGUUUCCCAGAGUUUCCCAUUCAAUGACCCAUUCAUUAGCGACUUUCAUUACCGAUUCCGCAAACUCAGCUGCCGCUUUGAAUACAGGACAUAAAAGUUCCGUCAACGCCCUCAAUGUAUAUGCCGAUUCAUCCCCGGACCCACUGGAUGAUCCUCGCGUUGAGUCGAUCGCUGAAAUCUUCCAUCGUUUAACUGGAGGGCACAUUGGCAUUGUGUCGACAGCAUUUAUCGCCGAUGCGACGCCUGCUGCCUUGGUCUCACACACGCGUCUCAGAAACCAAUAUGGGGUCAUCGUUGACACAUAUCUCAACGGCGCACAGAACUGGACAAAGACCCCUAUAGACGUCAUAUUUGGAGGCGGAGGCGAACAGUUCUACCCUUCUGAGCUCGGCGGAGUCACUUAUGAGGACAAGAAUUACUAUGACGAGUUCGCCGCCCAGGGAUAUCAGGUUGUGCACAACCGUACGAGUCUCUUGGCGGCAUCGCCCGACGAGAAGACCUUAGGUAUUUUCUCAACCUCUAACAUGGCCAAGUGGCUCGACCGAAAUGUAUACCGCGACAAUCUCAAUCAAACUCUUUCGCCAACUGGUGAUAAGAAGCCCGCUCUCGAUCAGCCCGGGCUGAAGGAGAUGACCCUCAAGGCCAUCGACAUUCUGGAAAGCCGCUCUGGUGACAAAGGCUGGUUUCUCAUGUCUGAAGCUGCAAGCAUAGAUAAGAUGCUCCAUGCACAAGAUAGUUUGAGAGCGCUUGGCGAGCUUCUGGAGCUUGACGACACUGUCAAGGCGACCGUUGAACACCUAAAGUCGAAGGAUUGCCUUAAAGAUACUUUGAUCGUCGUUACCGCUGAUCAUGGCCAUGGUUUUGAUGUUAUGGGCUCCGUCGACACGCAUUAUCUUGCUGCGCAGGAGUCUGACCGCAAGAAGCGUGACGCGAUUGGCGUCUACGAGCAGUCCGGUCUCUCUGAAUACAUCAACACUGGAAACCUUACCUACCCAGAUUCGCAUUUCCCCAGCAACUGGGAUCCUCGCUACACAUUCUAUCAGGGUCUCACAGCUGGUCCGGAUCGCCGUGAGAACUGGAAAGUGACCAAGGACGGUCCUAGGAAGCCCGCUGUUGAACUGGAAAAGGGUAGCGACGACUUCUACGCCAACCCCAAAGAUGGUAAGGGUGGUAUUUUGGUCAAUGGCACAUUGCCAGUGGAGAACGACCAGGGCGUUCAUUCCUUGACCGACGUGCCCGUUUACGCAAUGGGCCCUUGCCAGGAUCUUUUCCAGGGAACCUACAACAACAUUGAGAUCUUUUACAAGAUGGCCGAGUGUUUCGGUCUUGGACGUGGGGAGCCAUCUGAAGAGAAGUAGAGAUUUGGGGAAAUACAGUGCAUAACGAUAUGACGAAAAAACACAAGCAACUCUGCAGUUGUAUAGUCUAGCUAUAGUAUAUAUAUAUUGAAUGUAUAAUCAGUAAAGACAUCUAUGGGCG